AGGCUGAUCAUCACAACACCAGCAAACAUGCAGUGGACGGUGGUUGUAGCAGCAUUCUUGGUGGCCACUGUGGCCGCCCGCUCUGACGUGGCUCACAAGCAACAGGCCAUCAAUCGUCUACUUUAUAGGAUCACCAGCCCUAUCAUGUCGACUUUCACCGACCUUAAGGAGGCAGCACAAUCAUGGAACCCAAAAGACCACACUGAUCAAACCACAGAUGGAGGUGCAGCCGUAAAACAUCUGAUGGAAAAGUUGGAGGAUCACACCUUACUCAAGAAGCAUCACUGGUUCUCCCUCUUCAAUGAUCGUCAGCGUGAAGAAGCUCUGUGGCUUGUCGAUGUCUUGUUGAAUUCAAAAGAUUUUGAGACCUUCAAGAACAACGCUGCUUACUUCCGUGAGCGCAUGAAUGAAGGGGAAUUUGUUUACGCUCUUUAUGCAGCAGUGACUCACUCUGACCUAACACAAGAUGUCGUCUUACCACCACUCUACGAGGUCACCCCCCAUAUGUUCACAAACUCAGAGGUCAUCAGCAAAGCCUAUGCUGCUAUGAUGAAGCAGAUUCCAGGUAACUUCAAAAUGAACUUUACAGGUAAUAAGAAGAACCCAGAGCAGCGUGUGGCCUACUUCGGUGAGGACGUUGGCCUAAAUUCUUACCACGUUCACUGGCAUUUGGACUUUCCCUUCUGGUGGAAAAGGGAUAAGAUUGACAGGAAGGGAGAGCUAUUCUUCUGGGUUCACCAUCAGUUGAAUGCCAGAUACGACGCCGAGCGUCUUUCUAAUCAUCUGUCUAGAGUUGAGGAACUCUGUUGGGACUGCAUCAUUGAAAACGGUUUUGCUCCUCACACUACUUAUAAAUAUGGCGGAGUGUUCCCCACUCGUCCAGACAACAAGAAAUUUGAUGAUGUAGAAGGUGUGGCCCGAAUUCGUGACAUGAAAGAAUUAGAAAGUCGAAUUCGUAGUACCAUUGCUCUCGGUUACGUUAUUAAUUCCGACGACACCCAUACUAACAUUAGUAAUGAACAUGGCAUUGACAUUUUGGGAGAUCUCAUCGAGUCUUCCACCUAUAGCCCCAAUAAUGGUUACUAUGGCUCUCUACAUAACCAGGCUCACCGCAUCUUGGGUGCGCAGGCUGAUCCUAAGCUAAAGUAUGAUAUGCCUCCAGGAGUCAUGGAACACUUCGAGACGGCCACCCGUGACCCUGCCUUCUUCAGACUCCACAAAUAUAUAGAUGGACUCUUCAAGGAACACAAAGACAGGUUGCCACCUUAUACCAAGAGUGAUUUCCUCUACAGUAAUGUAAAAAUCACUGACGUCGAGGUCACUGAACUCUCCACCUAUUUUGAAGAUUUUGAGUUCGACCUGAUUAAUGCUCUAGACACAUCAGAGCACGUCAAUGAGGUUUCUGUCAAAACACACGUAUCACGCCUGAACCACAAACCAUUCACCUUCAAGAUUCAUGCUAACGCAGAACGCGACGACAGAGUCACUAUUCGCAUCUACAUAUCCCCAAAGCGUGAUGAGAAUAACAUCGUCCUUCACAUUAACGAGCAUCGCUGGGGAGCCAUCUUACUCGACACCUUCUGGGCCGAAGUACGUGCGGGAGACAACGUAAUCAAGCGUAAGUCUUCCCAGUCAUCGGUGGCCAUCGUUGAUCGGGUGUCCUUCCCCCAACUAAUCCACGAUACUGACGAGGCUGUGGCCAACAACGCUGAGCUGCCUCAUAAGGACACUCGUGCCUGUGGUCAUCCCCAGAGACUGCUGCUGCCUAAGGGCACUCACGACGGCUUAGAAUUCUGGCUAAACGUCAUCAUUACCAGCGGAAGCGAUGCUGUGCAUGAAGACUUAGUCGAAAACGAACGUGGCAGCAACCAUGGUUACUGUGGUAUUCAUGGUGAGAAGUACCCUGACAAGCGCCCAAUGGGUUUCCCCUUCGAUCGUCGCAUUCCUAAUCCAAAGGUGUUCAAGGUGCCAAACCAGCACGAUCAAGUCGUCAAGAUUUUCCAUCACUCAUAAAAACUCUUGAUUUUCUAUACAGGGAUUUUUGAAGGAAGAAUUGUGCCAAAUAUGUUAUAAAGAUGAUUUUAUUAGCUGACACAAGUUACGUAUAUAUAUAUAUAUAUAUAUAUAUAUAUAUAUAUAUAUAUAUAUAUAUAUAUAUAUAUAUAUAUAUAUAUAUAUAUAUUAUAUAUAUAUAUAUAUAUAUAUAUAUAUAUAUAUAUAUAUAUAUAUAUAUAUAUAUAUAUAUAUAUAUAUAUAUAUAUAUAUAUAUAUAUAUAUAUAUAUAUAUGUAUUUCAGUUAGAUCUUUUAAAGUUUAAAUUGUAUUUCACUGCAGCUUGUAAAAUGUUUACAAAAGGUAACCAAAAGGGUUUCAAACAUCAACGAACCUUUGGACCCAGACGAGGCUGUUCAUAGAAAGCUUUACGGUGUAGCUAACAUUGUAUGCUUGUAUUUGGAAAAAAAGUUUUUAUCCAGCCUAUUUUUAAAUAAAUACCCUCAUUUGUUUCUGCAA